CCGGGAAUGAAGCCACGGUGCACGGGCGGUGGGCACUUCCGGUUUAUCAGCAAGUUCUGACAGAUUGCAUUUCGAAACUAAGCGAUGGCAGAGCGGGGAAGGUUACUGUGACAGUUUCAUUUCUGCUUCAGUGUAAGACGCGGCAGUCACAAAGGAAACCUGUGCAACCAGAAGACGUAAUCGUUACAUUGCAUUCAUUGUGCUGAAGAUUGCAUCACUAGAACCCAGUGGAUUAACCCUGAAUUUCUGCGUAGAUGGGGGAUUCCUGAUAUGAAAAGAAUACAAUCCAGUGAACAAGAAACUAUAAUGAAUCAGAGAACCAUGCAGAAAGGAUAUACUUCAUAAAAAAAAAUAGCACAUCUGUUUUCUGGAUCCUCGUGCAGCAUAUCACAUCAGGUUCUAGGACAUAACCACUGCAGUCAAAUAUCUAAGUCUUUUGGUGAAGAAAUGUCACAAAUGGAGGCUUCAAACAAUUCUUUAGAUGAGCCAGAGCCACAGAUGAGCACAGAAGACAAGUCUUCUAGAGAGGAAAAGACACUGGUGCACAAGAAAGACAUGUCUUCUGGUGAUCCAGGGUCACAUGCUAGCACUACAAACCAAUGUCCGGAAGAGGAAAACUCACAAGAGGACACCACAGUCAAGGCAUUUGGAGAAGAUGAGCCACAUGUGAAUGCCACAGUCACCUCUUUAGGUGAGCCAGAAACACCGGUGGGCAUCAUGGGUAAAUCUGGAGAGCAGGAGUCACAGAUAUAUACGACAGACAACUCUGGUGAUCUACAGUCUCAAGAAACCAAACCAGACUUGUCUUGCAAGGAAAAGUCACACUUGAACAACACUGAUAAGCCUUCUAUCAAGGAAGAAUCACAUGUGAGUAACACAGAUGAGUCCUCUGGUGAGGAAGUGCUACCAACAAGUACCACAGACAACUCUGGUGAUCUACAGUCUCCAGCAACCACACCAGAUUUGCCUUGCAAGGAAAAGUCACACUUGAACAACACUGAUAAGCCUUCUAUCAAGGAAGAAUCACAUGUGAGUAACACAGAUGAGUCCUCUGGUGAGGAAGUGCUACCAACAAGUACCACAGACAACUCUGGUGAUCUACAGUCUCCAGCAACCACACCAGAUUUGCCUUGCAAGGAAAAGUCACACUUGAACAACACUGAUAAGCCUUCUAUCAAGGAAGAAUCACAUGUGAGUAACACAGAUGAGUCCUCUGGUGAGGAAGUGCUACCAACAAGUACCACAGACAACUCUGGUGAUCUACAGUCUCCAGCAACCACACCAGAUUUGCCUUGCAAGGAAAAGUCACACUUGAACAACACUGAUAAGCCUUCUAUCAAGGAAGAAUCACAUGUGAGUAACACAGAUGAGUCCUCUGGUGAGGAAGUGCUACCAACAAGUACCACAGACAACUCUGGUGAUCUACAGUCUCCAGCAACCACACCAGAUUUGCCUUGCAAGGAAAAGUCACACUUGAACAACACUGAUAAGCCUUCUAUCAAGGAAGAAUCACAUGUGAGUAACACAGAUGAGUCCUCUGGUGAGGAAGUGCUACCAACAAGUACCACAGACAACUCUGGUGAUCUACAGUCUCCAGCAACCACACCAGAUUUGCCUUGCAAGGAAAAGUCACACUUGAACAACACUGAUAAGCCUUCUAUCAAGGAAGAAUCACAUGUGAGUAACACAGAUGAGUCCUCUGGUGAGGAAAUGUCACAAAACAUUGUCAUGGACAAGCCUUUUGGAGAGGUAAAGCCACAGAUGAAUGCUGAAGACAAAUCUUUAAGUGUGCCAGAGUGCCAGAUAGGCACCACAGAAAAGUCUGUUGCGCAAGAGUUAUGUGCAAGCAUUACAGUCAUGUCUGCUGGUGCAGAGUUGCAGGAAAGCAAGUGUCCAAGCAAACAAGAGUCACAGAAAUGCACCACUGUAGAGCAAAAACCUGUAAAGUUUAACGCGGAUGAGUUGAGGCAAAGACGGUUUGCCCAUACUGAUCACCGCAAAUCACCAACUGGCAAACUAGAGUUUCAGAUGGACGUCACAGACAAGUCUGAGCUGCAGUCACAAGAAAGAAAGUCUCAAGUGCAAGUCACAGGUAAAGAUUCCAGAGCAAGCACUAAAUACAAGUCUGCUGGUGGGCCGGAGUCACUGGGAGGCAUUAUAGACCCAGAGUCACAGAAAUACCCCACUGUUGAGCAAGCAUUUUUAAAGGUUAACCCAGAUGGAAUGAGACAAAGACCUCUGGACACAAAUGAUGAGUCUCAAACAGGCAAACUCCCUACAAGAUAUCGUUGGCUGAUCGGUGGUUUUAUAGUUUUGACCCUGGCUGUGGCUUUAGUACAUACUUUCCUCUCCUCAAAAGAAAAACCUCCAGUCGACCAUGAGUCUGUGCUCAACAUUUUUUUUAAAGAAUUUGCAAGUCUCAAGAAGGAUUUCCCAGGACAGUAUGAAGGUUUGUGGUUUAGAAGUGAAAAGCUACUGCAGAUGCACCUCAACACGUCUGAUCCAAGCGCACCUUUGAUACUAAUGCUCACCGCAGCCCAGGAUGGAGAGCAGACUUUACGUUGUAUGAGCAAACGUCUAGCAAAGUCCUAUGCCGACUCCCUCCGCGCCAGAUCAUUGAUGGUUGAUGGACCAUCUAUGUCCAAGUAUGAUAGUGCCACCGGCAAAAUGCAGAUAGAUGAUCAGCUCAGUUCAGGAUUUCAGUCUAAUAGUCGGGCAGCAGUUUUGCACCGUUUGGAAAUGUUACCCUCCGGCUCCUUACUCAUCCUCUAUAAAUACUGUGAUCAUGAAAAUGCAGCCUUCAAAAAAGUGGCCCUAGUGCUCACGGUCCUCCUGAAUGAAGAGUCGCUAGAGACGGAUCUUUCAUUGACAGACGUGGAAGAGAAAGUGAAGGACCUUCUUUGGGCACGGUUUGCGAGUUCAGAAGUCAGCGCACACAAUGAGAUGGACGUUGACAAACUGAGCGGAGUGUGGAGCCGCAUUUCUCACGUAGUUCUUCCAGUACUGCCUGUGGGGUCCAUAGAAAGCGGAAGCUGUCCUGGGAGUCAGGACUAAAUAUUUUAAAGGGGGUUUCCAAAGAUUCUGAUGUUGAUCAACUGUUUGAGGAGGCUGCUGCACUCUGGUGAGCGCCAUUGGCCUCUUUGUAGCUUACCAAGCGUAGCACCACGCAUUGGAUAGCGGAUAUGCUUCGUAUUGCAGCUCAGCCCUGUUCACUUGGCCGUGUCUCCAAUGAACAUGACAUCACUGGCCUAAAAAGAGCGCAACGGUCUCUCCAAAGAGCUGAAUCGUGAUUAGGACCCUGCUAACCUGAGGAUAGGUCCUCAGUAUCAGAAUUUAGGACAACCCCCUUUAAUCUUUUAGCUUUAGAUAGCCCAAGCUUUAACACAAAAUUCGCCCAAAUGUGCCUUUAAUAUAUCAGAAUAAUGUGUACAAGAUUGAAAUCUGAAAAUUGUGCAGUAUCUGAAAUUUUUCAUAAGGCGUCAAUAAUUUUUUAAACCACGAUAUCUAUUCGUAAAGAGGACUGCUCAGCUCUCCUGACAUAUGUUUUAGUAUAUAUGUGUAUUUCCUCUGAAAUAACAUCUUUUCUUAGACUGCUGCAAUGUGUCAUUCAGUUCUCUGUUAUUCCUCUUGCAAAUCUAUGAAUAAAUUGCCAGCCGGCCCUUACCAUACUGCUGGUCAUUGGGCCAUGUCCCUGUGCACGCUGACACUGUCCAGUCCCCGCUAGCCGUGUCAGACUUUAUAGAGGCACACCCCACUGGCAAAUUAAAUUGUAAGACUCAGUUGUCAAUUUACCCAUAUGUUUCCAGGCGGAAUAACCUAGAAAAGACCCAGUAGAGAUCUGGGAUCAGAAGGACCAGAAUUGUUUUAAUGUAACUUUAUUUUAGUAUUUGCUAAAAUAGAUAUGUGAGAAGAGAACACGGGUCCUCUUUAAUUAUCAUGUGGUAAGAGUCCGAUGUAGAAAAAUUAUGUACAUUCAAUUUUAUAUUUUUAAUGAAUCUCUAGAAUUAGAAUUUUGAUGCUCCUUUUAGGAACAGUGGUGGGGUGGGGGAGGCUAGUGGCUAUUGGAACCUCCACUAUUGGGGUGCAUUCACACGACGAUUGCAUCCUUGUUCUUG